UGCUUUAAUGAAAAGUUCACAAUAUCGGCUUAGCCCCACAGAGCUAGCCGACAUGAAGAAGCAGAUCGAGUAUCUUCUCGCCAAAGGACUCAUCCGACCAUCCACUUCACCAUACGGUGCCCCAGUACUCUUCACACCGGAACCGGACGGAAGCCUGCGCAUGUGCAUCGACUACCGAGCUCUCAACAAGCAGACCAUCAAGAACAAGUACCCGAUUCCACGAAUCGAUGAUCUGCUCGACCAGCUUCGGGGAGCCACGGCAUUUUCAAAACUAGAUCUGCGAUCCGGAUACUGGCAGAUAAGAAUGGCGGACGAUUCCGUUCACAAAACGGCCUUCCGAACUCGAUACGGAUCGUACGAGUAUCUGGUGCGUCGGACUCACCAACGCACCGGCAACGUUCCAAGCAGAAAUGAAUCACAUCCUACGCCCACUCUUAGACGAAUGCGUGGUGGUGUACCUGGACAACAUUCUCGUCUACUCGCGCGACAUGCAACAACACGUCAAACACUUACGACGCGUCUUCGAGAUUCUUCGACGAGAACGCUUCUACGUCGAACUAUCCAAGAGCGACUUCGCCCUCGAGAAAGUCCAAUUUCUCGGACAUAUCGUAAGCUCUCAAGGUGUUCACGUCGACCCCAAGAAAAUCAAAGCCAUGCAUACGUGGAAGACACCCGGGAAUGUGAAGGAGUUACAGCAGACACGCCCUAUACAUGGGAGCCGAAGCACCAGGAAGCCGUGGAGCAGCUAAAGCAAGCACUCACGUCCGCACCCGUACUCAUCUUGCCAGACCCCGAACGCGACUACGUCAUCGAAGCUGACGCCAGCGACCAGGAAGUGGGAGCAGUCUUGAUGCAAGACCAGGGGAAUGGACUGCAACCAAUCGCCUACCUCAGCAAGAAACUACACGGGGCAGAACUCAACUACCCGAUACACGACAAGGAGGCCCUGGCUAUCAUUAUUGCCUUCAAAACGUGGAGAUGCUAUCUCGAAGGACGCAAGACGACAAUCUACACCGACCAUUGCAACCUAAAAUAUUUGAAGACGCAACCAAGCCUUUCCAGGCGACAAUUUCGGUGGAUCGACUUCCUUGAGACGCACUUCCACUACGACAUCGUGUACAAGCCUGGCCAUAAAAACAAAGCCGAUGCGCUUAGCCGACCUACACACGUUGCCGCGAUCCAAGUUGAAGGGAUGAAUCCACUCGUCAAGGGACUCUUCACACACGGGUACACCAUCGACCCCGAAAUUCCCUUGACAGAAAAGCGACAUCUGCUACUGUGGGACAACGAUAUCGCGUAUCGGAAAGGAUCAACAAAGAUCUGGGUACCUAAUUACCCUCCAUUGCGCCAGCUACUACUCGAAGAAUACCACGACGUCCUGUAUGCGGGACACUUCGGUAGCAACAAGACGCUCACCGGUAUUGCCAAACACUACUACUGGCCCCAUAUGGCAGAUGACGUACAGAAAUUCGUCACCUCGUGCACUACAUGUCAACGGAUGAAGAGCCGCAAGCAGAAAAAGGCGGGUCUACUACAGCCUCUUCCUGUCCCAGAACAACCAUGGCAAGUGGUCAGCCUAGACUUCAUCACCGGGCUACCAACUACCACAAGUGGUCAUGACGCGAUCCUCGUCGAGACGGCACAACGCUUUGUUCGUUACAUCAUCUCACAACAUGGCAUUCCGACCACACUCAUUUCCGACCGAGACCCUAAGUUCACCAGUAAAUUCUGGAAAGAACUGAUGUCUCUGCUCGGGACCAAACUCGCCAUGUCAUCCGCCUACCAUCCACAGACAGACGGACAGACCGAGUGCCUCAACCAGAUUGUUGAGCAACUCCUCCGAGUAGCCUGCAAGGACGAGAUCUCCAAAUGGGACUUGCACCUGCCUGUUCUAGAGUUUGCUUACAACAACGCUACACACGCCGCUACUGGACAGACGCUGUUCUUCCUCUGUUACGGAUGCCACCUACUCACACCUCAAUAGCCAACCAUACUAGCCACAGUC